AUGAAACAUCAUUCGGUGGACCUGAUCCUUGGUUGCUGCUCCAAUGACGGCAUUGGCAGCGUUGGCAAUGUCAUGAAUUGGAAUUUCUUCAUCCUUGUUUGUACAAGCCGUGGAGCCAAGAAAGAUCCGGGAGGAAUUGGCGAUACGCCGCCCCUUCAGUACCAUUUACUGAUGCCAUGGCCACAGAUGAUUACUUCGCUGAACCCAAAAUAUGGGCAAGAGGGGUGUCUCGUGCGUUUCAUUUCAACCACAGAACCUGCAAAGGUUCUUAUCGGUCAACCGGCAGAAGAUGAUCUUGACAUUGGCGUUGCACUUCGUCAGAGUCGCGAGGUCAAGGUCCAUGUCUUUUCUGGUCUCUCUGUCUUGAAACCAGGCCAAAAGACGGGAGAAACAGCUGUUAUUGAUGACUGCGGCGACUACGAGGCCGAGCUAGCUGUGGUCAUAGGCAGGGCAGCCAAAAACGUAACCAAAGAGGAAGCGAUGGAGUAUGUUCUGGGCUACACAGCCGCGAACGAUAUCUCCAGCCGCACCAGCCAAUUUGGCCAGUCUCAAUGGUGUUUCUCCAAAGGCUUUGACGGCUCGUGUCCAUUAGGUCCGGCUUUAGUUUCUAAGGAUCUUGUGCCUGAUCCUUCAAUGUUCAAUAUCCGUGGUUUGAAGAAGGAUCAAGUCCUACAGGACUGCGGUGCCGAUGACCUCAUUUUCGAUAUUCCGACCUUGAUAAGCUUCCUGUCUCAAGGUACAACACUCCUGCCUGGAACAGUUAUUCUUACCGGUACACCUGCUGGGGUGGGUGUUGGACGUCAACCCAAGGUUACAAUCAGCGAUGGAGAUGAGUUUUCCGUGGAGAUUCUGCCUCAUAUUGGCACUUUAGUCAGUACUUUUAAGAAUGAGUCUUAA